CCUUGUUAGUCAAUACUAAUUUAACCUAAUCGCUUUUAGUCUAUAUUAAUGGAACAUAAUCCCUUUUUGGCAAUGCUAGUUUUAAUCUUACCACUUUUAGUCCAUACUUAUCUAACCUUGCCCCGUUAACUCAGUGAUGAUUUAACCUAUUCCCUGUUAGUCAAUACUAAUUUAACAUUAUCCUUAUUAGUCAAUACAAAUCUAACAUUUCCUUUUUAAUCAACACUUAUUUAUCGUUAUCCCAUUAAGUCAAUACAGAUUUUACCUAAUCCCUUGUAGCCAUUGCUAAUUUAACCUAUUCCUGUUUUAGCCAAUACCUCCUUCUUGACAUCUUUAUUUUAAGGUAAACAAGGGAUGGACUGUUUUGGCAGGACGAAUAUUGGAUGGUCCAUGGCUUUUGUUUGACAUUAAAAGCUUGCAGUGUAUCACUUCUAUUUCACUUGAGCAUCCAUACAAAGGUAUACCAACAAAGAAGGCAGCUCUGUCCGACGACGGACAGCUAUUUAUUUUUGGUAUCAAUUCUAAUAUACAACGUAUAGAUAAAAAAGCCAAGGACAAACCAGCGUCAUUUGUCAUUUGGGAUAUUGGAAAAGGAGCAAUGGUCACACAAUGUGAUGAUGCUGAAUACCAAGCACGCUACAAUGAAAUUGACAACAGGAAGGGCUUAGAUGUAUCAGUCGACGAGAUACACGUGAUUGACGGCAAAAGAAUACUUACUGCGCACGAGGAUUUCAUCCUCAGAGUUUGGGACAGAAAAACAGGUGAAAUGAUUAGUCGGUUGGAGGGACAUACUAGUUCCGUCGAUGUUUUUGCAAAAGAAUCGGGUCCUUAUUUCUUUUCGUAUGGAUCUGAAAAUGCCAUAAGAAUUUGGGAAAAGUCGACACUGAGAUGUCUAGCAAGCUUCCGAAUGGAAAAUACGGUUGUUGCUUGUCGAAUGAGCGCAGAUAGCAAGUAUAUCAUUACAUCAACGAAAAGUCCAACUGCCCGUCUAGUGCAAUGGCGACUUAAAGGGGACGGUAAUCCUGUAAAUGGGGUGAUUGGCAACGAGUUGUUUAAAGGAACAGUAACAAAGGCAAAGCUUGAUCUUGUGACCGACGCUGACCAACAGUAUGCGACGAACGAUCCGGACACCGACGAGGAUACGGAUUAUUGAAUUACAAAAAAAAGUCGUUUUGUCCGGAACACUUUUAACUCCAAACAUAAUCAUCGUCAUGUUGUCGUCACCAUUAUUUUAUAAUAAACAGCAGCAGCAGCAGCAGCAGUAACAGUGUCUGCCGUCAUCGUCGUCGUUAUGGCAUUAUUAUCUUCAUCAUUAUUAACAGCAGCCGUAACAUCUGUCGUGGCCGCCGUCAUCUAAAGUUAUGCACUACACGAAUGUGUCGGGUCUGCUCCUAAAUGAUUUAUCACUAACAUGGACAUAUUUUUGCAUAGACUGACAGUAUAAUGGCUAUUAGUUAUAGCAUUUCGCUUGACAUAGUUUCCCUGUUUGUUUGUAAGGGAGAACACAGAGUUUUAUCAAGCUUAGUUUGUGAUAUUUGCAAUUUUUUCACACGUUUUCAUUAUAUCGUUGGGUGAUGGCAUAUAACUAAAGCAUGUUUUGGUCAUGGGGUAUAUUCUAUCUCAUUGCAUUUCUAACAUGUGAGAUGUAACCAACAUUAUCUGCAAAGUUGUAAGAUAUUUAUAAUUGUAUUUCCCUUGGUUGAAAAAGACAUAAUUGCGAUAUGGGGCAACAUACAUAUCAAAAGGUACAUCACCCAAAAAGCAAACACUUUAAACAAUAGGUGAAAGGUAUGCGAGAAGAUAUGAGUGUGAGGAUGUGUAAUAGAGAUUAACAAGUCGGUAUAACAAUAGAAUGAUUUUUAGAAGUAAAAUAUAUGGGCAUUUUAUGUGUGUACCUCCUCCGAGAGCCGGGUAGUUCAUAUCAGAUGUAUCAUAACUUUAUCAACACAAUUCUUUGUUUCGUAUGAAACGGUCCUGUAAUGUAUUUUUCACUUAUCAAAUGUGAACUUACUAAUUAAUGGAACCACGACAUUGUUCCGUGUGGGUCAAAAAGUUGUUUUAUUUAUAUAUGUUAAUGAUUUCAUCCUAUGAUAUAUUUAUAAUAGUUCGAGGAAAAAGAGCAAAGCCUCCGACAUCCUUAAUAAAUGUAUGUACAGCUCGUACAUAGAGGAAUGAAAUUCCAAAACGAAGCGCCCGCCCAUGCCUGCUAAACUGAUAAAGAUAGUGUUGGUUGUCUCUUCAAACGAUACACCAAGGAAUCGGGUGGUGUGGGUGUUUCAUUGCAUGGCUGUUCGUGCAGAAUAUACUGUAUCUCAGGUUUUGAGUUAUUUUAUAACUAUAGCAAAGCUUUUUAUCUUUGCAUUUUUCAUUCAUUUAUUGUUAUCAUUAUUUUCCUUUUGUGUGUGUGUUUCCUUGCUGCAAAGACUUACAAGUGUUACUUAAAUCUAAACAAAGGAUUGUACAAAUGACACCAAAUAAUCGUACCUUUCAAUGCAAAUUAAGAGUUAAAUACAGUAAAGCUAGAAAUGAAUUAAACUACAAUAUACAGUCAUUUCGUCUUUCUAGGCUUUGUCGGGGAUGUCAAGGGCCUAAAAUCUUGAUGCCUAGGGGUUAUCAAUACACUCAAUAUAGAUCGAAUGUUAUUUUAAUCCUGCAAUAUGUGUGGUUUGUAGUGGAAUUUUUUUUUUAAUUAAAUUUUUAUUAUGCAUAUACCAUUCAUUCCGUGUGUUUUAAAACAUGUUGAUAUACAUUUGUAACUCGAAAUAAAAGAUUUAACUGAACUGGAACCAGGCUCAUUUUCAAUACUAAUUAGCAUCUAUAUGUACAAAUAAGCUUGUAUAAAUAUUAAGUGAAACGUGAGAGGACCACGUAGAACGUUUUGUUUGAAAAUAAUGAAACGUUGUGUUAUCGGCAUUUACAUAGUUUUCAUUAACACAUCUUACAUUACUCUUAUUUUAUGGAAUAGCCCCUGUUCUUAUAAGAAGGGGUAGGGGCUAAUAUGUUUUGUUUGUUUGAUUUUGUUUGAUUUUUGCUUUUUUGUUUCUUUAAAUAUUUACCAGAUGCAAAGAGAUGUAAUAUCUCAACUUUGACAAGACAUGGGUCAGCAAUUGAUGGCCCUCUUGUUGACCACCUCACAUUCGGUCAAUUCCGUCACGGUCCAAGAUAGAUCGCAGUGACCUAUUUCUAGGACUUGACACACAAUCAUCCAAUUAAGAUUAUGCCAAUUAACACGCAUAUAUUGACGAUUUUCUUCUCGUACCAUAAAAUGGGUUAAACGGGUGAAGAACAUAUA